AUGCCAGUCGAUCAAGACUCGUCGCCUCCUUUGCGCGUCUCACAGCGUCGUCCUUUGGCCUGCCGCGAGUGCACGAAGAGGAAGAGGAAAUGUGACAAGCAGGUCCCGUGCUCAAGGUGCAGGAGGCUCAAUUUGCAUUGUUCCGUCGAGGUAGUACAAUUAAGACGGAAUACUGUGCAACAUGCCUCGGAGAUUCAAUUUCUGGCGUCAAUAUUAAGUGAAUUAGACUCGUUCUCCGCAGAGAAGGUGCCGCGAGUUGCCCGGAGGCUAAGGGAUCGGAUCUCUCAACUCCAAACUGGCCAUAGCAAUGACUCCGAGGAGGCUGCCUCCGUGUCGGCAGCGGAUGAUCAAGAGACCCCCUCUACAACCCAGGAGGACAAGGGCCUGCGCCAUCGUUUCGUAGAAAUCCCGCCAGAAGGGAAUGAUCCGCCGCUCCUCACGGCAAUUGAGCACCUCGCAUGGGGGCGGAAUUCGGCAGGGUGCUUCCCCCAUAGACGGUGUGGUUGUGAAUAUCGCAGAGACACCCCCGAGCUCUUAUCGAUGAACAGUGGCAGCUUCCAAAUAUACGGCUCGUCGCUCGAAACCCUCGUGAUGCUCCCACCGACGGAGUUCGCCCAAAAGCUUGUGAAAUUCCAUGUCACGCAUCUGACUUGGCAUCACAACGCCUUUCAUACACCGACAUUCCUCGAGCAGUGCCAGCUCUUCUGGGAAACUGGGAGAUGUGACCACCCACUCUGGAUGGCACUUUAUUUUGCCGUGCUCAGCUGUACGGUGAACUCAAUACAGAACAGCGUCAAGCUCCGACUCCUGGUCAAUAUAGAUCUCGACGCGAUGCAAUCGGUUCACCAGCUGUUUUCCGCCAUGGUGCAAACACUAUAUAGCUGCCAUUUCUUGAACAACUUAUCCAUAUAUUCUGUCCAGGCAGUCGUCAUUUCCACCGAGGUCGCGCAUAACCUUGGCCUGAGCCAGUUGAAUGCGACCUUGUUCAACGCCGCCGUGCGCAUUGCCGAAUGCCUGGGCAUCCACAAGAUCAAGGACCACUCGAAAAAAUUUAGCCAAAACCGGGAUGAAUGGGAAGAGAGAAUUGAGCGAGAAGUCGGCCGGCGUGUGUGGUGUCAGAUGCUCAUUCAAGAUCACUUCGCCAUCCCCUUCACCGAUACAUAUAGCAUCUCCCCGAUGCACUUUUCCACCGGCCUUCCGCUCAAUGCCGACGACCAUGACCUAGUAGAUAUCCCAAGUCAGACCCCGACCAUCAGCAGCUAUGUACGAACCCUCGUGAGCCUUGCCGCGUUGAUGCCCGGACUCGUCGACGGGCUAGGACCUAUGAAUCGGCGCAAACCCACCCAGGAGCAGUACGAACAUAUCCUGAAGGUGGACCAGAGAAUGAGAACAAUUGUGAAGAAUAUCCCGUUAUUUAUGCUGCGCCCAGAUACCGCAAAGGAAGCCGAGAUACCAUGGCUCACCAUCGCGCGGCGCAGUCUUGCAAUCACAGCCGCAGAGAAAAUCAUUAUGAUCCAUCGAUUAUUCCUCUUCCGAUCAUUCCACGACUCGAAUUACGGCCACUCACGACGAACCUGCGUGGCCGCCGCCAUGACGAUCUUACGAGAACACGAAACGAUUGUCGAAGAGGGUGACCUCUCUAUCUGGACCCAUACGGCGUUCGCGAUCACCGCGGGAGUCAUCCUGUGCUUUGAAAUGAACGCACUCAUCCAAGACCCCGCCAAGGACAAGGCGAAUGUGGAGAUGUACCGAAUAGCAGUGAUUGCUGCCCGCAAUCGCCUCGCAGCUCGGACUGGCGAUCUAUUGGCGCAAAGAGGCGUCGCGCUGAUUGACUCGAUUUUGAUCGCCGAACAGUCGAGCUCCGACGGGGCCCGAACGAACAACCAGACUUCCAUCGACUUCAAUCGCAUCAUCUCGAAUUUCUCGACUUUGAGUCGGGCGAGCGUCAUUCCGUAUUCUGAUGAAAUGACACCAAGUAAAAUGUCAGCCAAUACGCCCGAUGGCAUGAACUCUGUGGAUAUGAACGAAGUGCAGUUUCCGUGGAACCAGGAGGAGAUCGACUUCGACAGGUGGUUUAAUGGGAUAUUCAACAGUUUCGCGGAGGCUUAG